AUGAAGCAAAAGGCUCAGAAGUUCAAGCCUGAACUAAGUUCAAAGAUCAAAGAAGAGAUCACCAAGCAAAUAGAAUCUCGAUUGAUGAAAUUGACACAAUACCUAACUUGGUUAGCCAAUGUUGUUCCAGUUGCCAAGAAAGAUGGGAAAAUCAGGAUUCGUGUCAACUAUAGGGAUCUCAACGAAGCUAGCCCGAAGGAUAAUUUUCCGUUGCCAAAUAUUCAUAUUUUGAUUGAUACCUGGCUAGGCAUGAAAUGCAGUCAUUUGUGGAUUGUUACAACAUCGACUGGAGCUACUCCGUACUUGCUAGUGUAUGGGACAGAAGCAGUCAUACCCGCCGAAGUUGAAAUACCAUCCUUGAGAAUUAUCCAAGAAGCUGAGUUGAGUAAUGCUGAAUGGGUUGGCAAGCGGAUUGAUCAGUUGACCUUGAUCGACGAGAAGAGAAUGGUCGUCGUUUGUCAUGGUCAAAUAUAUCGACAGAUAAUGAUUCGUGUUUUUCACAAGAGAGUAAGAGCUAGAAUUUUUGAAGUUAGUAAGUUGGUUCUUAAGCGCAUUUUCCCUCAUCAAGACGAAUACAAAGAAAAAUUUGCAUCAAAUUGGCAAGGACCCUAA